GACUCCAGAGACCCGUGACGAGCUCCCCCGGCGCUGAUUCAUUGGCUUGGGCCGUUUAAAUACCGGGGGAGCAAAAGGAGCGGCUGAACCGGAGCUCCGGCAGCCGAAGCGGUCCCAGGAGGAGGCGCCGCAGGAGCCAGCCGCCCAGCCCGCGGAGAAGCGCGCUCUGCCCCGCUGGCGUUCCUGGGCAUCCCGGCUGCUCCCGCGACCCACCGCGCCCCGUCAGGCCCCAUGGAGCUGCCCGGCGGCGGCGGCGGCGGCGGCGGCUACGGCUGCGCUGCCUUGUUCCUCUUUCUCCUCCUCCUCCUGGGCUCCUCGCCCCUUGGCCCGGUCUGGGGCCAGUGCCCCGAGGGGUGUUCCUGCUCUCCGUCCGCCCAGGUGGAGUGCUCGGGCCCCGAGAUCACGGAGAUGCCGCGCCCCUUGCCCAGCCACGCCAUGAGCCUCCAGGUCCUCAGCACGCAGGUGGCCGAGCUGAGGGAAGCGGCCUUUGGGAACGCCUCGGCCCUCAUCGCCCUGCGGAUGGAGAAGAACAGCCUGUCCCGCCUCAGCCCCGGCGCCUUCCUCCACCUGGCCUCGCUGCGCUACCUCAGCCUGUCCAGCAACAAGAUCCGGGAGCUGCCCCCGGAGGUGUUCCGGGCCCUGCCCAGGCUGGAGUCCCUCCUGCUGUCGGGGAACCAGCUCUCCCGCCUCCACCCGGCUCACUUCGCCCAGCUGAGCAACCUCAAGGAGCUCCAGCUUCAGGGGAACGAGCUGCAGAGCAUCCCGCCGGGGACCUUCGACCCGCUGGCCUCCCUCCUCAAGCUCAACCUGGCCAAGAACCGCCUGGCCCGCCUCCCUCCCCGCCUGUUUGGGCCGCUGCGGCGCCUCCAGGUGCUGAGGCUGUACGAGAACCAGCUGGCCGAGGUGCCCCCGCGAGCCUUCGAAGCCCUCCCGGCCCUGCAGGAGCUGGGGCUGUACCACAACCGGCUCCGCCGGCUCCCCGCCGGCCUCUUCUCCGCCAACCGCCAGCUGCAGAAGCUCUUCCUGUCCCACAACCGGCUGGAGGCGCUUCCCGAGGGCCUCCUCCUGGACCUGCCGGAGCUCUCCCGGCUGUCGCUCUUCGGGAACGCCCUGCAGGCGCUGCUCCCCGGGACCUUCGGGCCCCUGCCCAAGCUGAGGGAGCUGUGGCUGUACGACAACCUCCUGACCACGCUGCCCGGCCACGUCUUCGCCAACCUGACCGAGCUGCAGCUGCUGGUCCUGAGCAGGAACCGGCUCCGCGCCCUCGCCCCCUCUGCCUUGGCUGGCCUGCGGGCGCUGCGGGAGGUGUCCCUGCACUCCAACCAGCUCUCCACGCUGGACGAGGAGACCUUCCGUGGCCUGGCCCAGCUGCAGAACGUCUCCCUGCAGAACAACCGGCUCGGCGCCUUGCCCGGAGGCCUCUUCCAAAAGGCGCCCAACCUGGGCACGAUUCACCUGCAGAACAACUCGCUGGAGACCCUCCCGGCCGGGAUCUUCAACCGGCUGCCCCACCUGCACGAGGUCAAGCUGCAGGACAACCCCUGGCGAUGCGACGCCGCCCUCCUGGCCCUCACGCGGUGGCUGCAGGCCAACCGGCCCCGCCUGGGGGGCAGCACUCCCGUUUGCGACCAGCCUCCCUCGGUGCGGGGGCGGCCCCUUUGGGAGCUCGCGGACGAGGACCUUGACCUCCCCUCCUCCUCCUCCUCCUCCGACAGCACGGACCGAGCCACUCCCACCCCGGGCCAGACGGAGAUUCCCUCCCAGGAGGAGAGCCACCGGCUUGAGACCGUUCAGCCCACCUCGGCUCAGCCGCCCCUGGAUCACGAACCGGGCAGUGCAGAGACCGCCUCGGAAUCCCUGGGACCUGCCACGGACCUCCCCGGGCCCGGGACGAGCCAAGCCGAGGGGGGGAUUUGGGGCCUGACGCGCACCCAGACGGGGGUGGUGGUCACCUGCCUUGUGGUGGGCUGCGCCUUGCUCCUGGGGUCGGUGGUGGCCCUGGCCCUCUACGGCUGCCGGAGGAAGGCUCUGGCUGAUGGCAAAGUCAGGGCAAUGGGCAGGGAGCCCCCGAGCCUCCUCCUUCUGCGGCUGCUGCUGCUCCUCCUGCUGUUGGGGCUCUCCGCCCUCCUCUCUCCGCUCGGCAGCCCGGCCUGGUCCUGCCCAGCUCUGUGCCAGUGCUUUGGGAACACCACCGCCUUCUGCUCCGAGGAAUGCCCGUCGGAGCUGCCAUACGGGAUCGUCCCCAACGCCAGCCGGCUGCUUUUUGAGGAGACGCCGGGGGGCUCCAUCCUGAGCAGGGCAUUCGCCAACCUCACUGGGCUCCGCAAGCUCGCCUUCUAUUGCACCGCCCUCCGGUCUUUGGGCAAGGCCGCGUUCGAGGGGCUGCCGGAGCUGAGAGAGCUGGACAUCUCCGUCAGCCAGCUGACCGCCCUGACCAGCGACCACUUGGUGGGCUUGGGCCACCUUAGCAAGCUGUCCGUCCAGUUCAGCCUCCUCGAGAGCCUGGAGGCGGGACUCUUCCAGCAGACGGCAGGCCUCCGAGCCCUCCACCUGGAAGGGAACAAGCUCUGCUCUCUGCCCGCCGCCCUUUUCCACCCCGUGGGGCAGCUGGAGUCUCUCUCUCUGUCCGGGAACUGCCUGGCCGAGCUGCCGGGGAGGGUCUUUGAGGCCCUGACUCUCCUGCGGGCGCUGAAGCUGAGCGACAACCACCUUGCGUCCCUCUCGCCGGGCGUCUUCCACUCCCUGAGCAGCCUCCGGGAGCUCUUCCUGGAGGGGAACGCCCUGGCCGAGCUGCCGGAGGGCCUGCUCUCUCCGCUGCCCCACCUGCGGCGUCUCCACCUGCAGCACAACCUCCUGGAGCGCCUGCCUCCUGCGCUCUUCUCCUCCCUCUCCUGCCUGGUCUUCUUGCAGCUGGACCACAACCACUUAGCGGAGCUGCCCGGGAGCCUCUUCCGGGGGACCCCGGGCCUCGUGGAGCUCUCCCUGGCUCACAACCGGCUGGAGAGCCUCCCCGAGGGGCUGCUGGGUGACCUGCCCAAGCUCUCCCUCCUGGUCCUGUCGCACAACCGGCUGAGCCACUUGCCCGCCGGGGCCUUCGCUGGCUCGCCUGCCCUCCGCAGGCUCUGGCUGAGCCACAACAACCUCAGCGCUCUGCCUCGGGAGGCGUUCGCCAACCUCACCCGCCUGGAGUUCUUAGACCUUGCCCACAACCAGCUGGCGGCUCUGCCGGACGGCCUCUUCGACACCAACGAGGCCCUCUUCUUGGUGGCUCUGAAAGGCAACCCCUGGGCCUGUGACUGCCACCUGGGUUACCUGGCCCAGUGGCUGCAGGGCUCCGACCCCCUCGCCAAUGCCCAAGCGUUGUGCAGGAGCCCGGCUCACCUGCGGGGCCUGAGCCUGCCAGGCGUGGAGCAGGAGCAGCUGGUUUGCCCCCGGCGCCCGCCUGGGUCGGCCCGCUGCCGGGCGGAGGGCCAGCAGGGUCCUGCUGGGGGGGAGCAGGGCGCCUCCUCCUCCUCCUCUCGGUGUGUUUACCAGGACCCCGCGGGAGGCCUCCGCCUCGCCUGCGACCGCCAGGCCUGCCACCAGCUCAGCCUGGGCCUUCCCCAAAGGGAGGGCACGCCGGGGGAAGGGCAGCAUCUCCACGGGAACUGGAGCCUGGGCUCCGACUGCGGGCCGCUGAGGGUCCAGUCUCUGGGGACGCCGGGCAGGAUGUGGUCCGGGAACCUGGUCCUCCUUCUCCUCCUCCUCACAUUUGCAACUGGCAGAGGUGUAACAACCUGUAAUGGCACAAGGGAGCACCAGUGCCCGAAGGCCCACCAGGAUGUCUACACGAAAACCAGGGAUGUCCAAGAGGUCCCAAAAUCAGCAGGUCCCCAAAUCACCGAGAUGUUCUUUGUGGAAACCAGCCUUGUUGAAAUCAAAGAGGGGGCCUUCCGGAACAUGCCGAACCUGGUGAAACUUGAGUUCAUCAACAGCAAGAUUAAAAAGGUGGAAGUGGGUGCCUUUGAUAACUUAGAGAAACUGGAGGAGCUGGAACUGUCCGGAGCAGAGCUGGGCAGACUGGCGGUAGGAACCUUCCGGGCCCUGCCUCGUCUACGGAAAAUGAACCUGCGGAACUCUCAGCUCACUGCCCUUGAAAAGGGACUUUUUGAUGACCUUGGGAGCCUGGAGGAGGUCUACCUGCAUCUCAACAGGAUCCCGUCUCUUCCGGAAGGUGUCUUUGAUGGACUCCCCAAACUACGCCUCCUACACUUGGCCGGGAACAAGAUUUCAAGCCUCCCGAAGGACGUCUUCCGGCCGCUCACUCAGCUGCAGACCCUUCGGGUGUACGAGAACGAGAUCACUAGCCUCCCCGAGGGGAGCUUGGAUAGCCUGCAAAGCCUGACGGAGCUCAACCUUGCGAAGAACAGGAUCCGGACGCUUCCACCCGGCUUGCUGAGGAAUCUGACCAACCUGGAGAAACUUAUCCUGGAGAGCAACCAGGUCGACGUUCUCCCAGAAGGGUCCUUCGUUGGGCUGAGAAAACUGAAGGAGCUGAAACUGGCUUCCAACCAGCUGGUGGGGCUCCCUGGUCCGCUCUUGGGUGAGCUGCCCCUUCUCGCCCUUCUGGACCUGAGCAGGAACAGGCUCUCCUCCCUGGAGGCCUUGGGGUCUUCCUCCCUCCCACAGCUCCGGACCCUGAAGCUCAACAGGAACCAGUUAGAGAGCCUUCCCGCGGGUCUCUUGGACCGCUUCGCGACCCUCCGCGCCGUGUAUCUUGGUGAGAAUCCAUGGAGGUGCGACUGCCAUCUUCUCUCGCUCCACCAGUGGAUGAGAAGGAGCUCCAAAGCAGUGAAAGAUGCCGCCAAAGUAACGUGUGGAAGCCCCGACCCUCUCUCUGGGAAGGCGGUGGGAUCCCUGGCGGAAGCCCAGCUCAUCUGCCUCACUACCCCACCCAUUCCGACCACAGUCACCCCGUCACCUCCUGUUGCUGCACGGAAAGACACCACGCUUUCCCCAGCCACUCGGAGGUCCACCACGACCGAUAUUCUCCCAGUCACCACCCGUGAGCCAACCACUACGAAGACUCCAGACACAAUCUUCAACAUCGCCGCCGCCACCGCCACCACCACCAUCAGAGCAGAGGCUGCCACUCCAUCCACGGCCCCCGGCCUCACAACUGCUCCACCAAUUCAAUCCACGGCGCCUGAAUCUACCCGUCCUGGGAUCCCCACUGUCACGCUAGAGCUUACCACGGAGAUGUCUCUUGCUGCUACGGCCAGUGCCAGCCACACCACAGCCCUCCCAGUCUUCACCACUACCCAGGCGCCCGCAGCAGCUCCCGGUGCAGCCACCACCUGUGGCCCUGAAGCAUCUGCCUCGCCUCACACAACCGCCAAACUCACCACCACCCCCGAGAGUCCCACCAAAACUUUAGAGAUCAUGACGACCACGAGAGAGAGGUCCCCAGAUCCGGCCACAAGCAUGGAGACACCAAACACAACACCUCAGAUCAGGACCGCUCAGGAUCCUACUCCAACCCCAACAAACCCUGAAACCACGACUGAGACGUCAAGCACAACCUCUGCGUCUGGUGCCACCGCCGCCACAACCCCCAAAGCUGUGUGGACUGCUCCUACCGCUCCAUCCACGGCCCCCGGCCUCACAACUGCUCCACCAUUUCAAUCCAUGGCCCCUGAACCUACCCGUCCUGGGAUCCCCCCUGUCGCGCCAGAGCUUGCCACGGAGAUGUCUCUUGCUGCUAUGGCCGUUGCCAGCAUCACCACAGCCCUCCCAGUCUUCACCACUACUGUGGCACCCGCAGCAGCUCCCGGUGCAGCCACAACCUGUGGCUCUGAAACAUUUGCCUCGCCUCACACAACCGCCACGGUAACUUGUGGGGCGCCCCCAAGAGCCCCCUCAGCCAAGGCAACCGUGGGCACCGUGAUGCGCUCCCACAACGCCAGUUCUCCCAGCAGGUGCCCCACGGGGCCCUUCUCGGCAGAGGCAACCCCCAGCCAAGGGGCUCCCCCACCCUCCAGGACUCCUUCCGCCGCCUCCUCCCCAGGUGGGGCCAACAUGAUGCCCAGCUCAGCCGCUCUCAGCCCAGCAAAAGCACCACCCAAAACCUCUGGCACUGAGCGCCCGACCAGCGCCACUCUGCCCCGGCCUCAGCCCUCAGCCUGGGUCCUCGCCCUGAGCACCAACUCCCGACACUGCAAGGUGUCCCUUGUGAUGUACUUGUCCAUGCUGUGCGUUGAGCUCUGCUGCACAGCCGCCUUGGCAAGGUGUGUGUACCUGCUGCGCAAAGCCACGCAGCCAAGAAACAUCCCACCUGGGCCCGUAAGGCUGGUGGACGUCAAGCAUCGGAAGGAGAAACUCUAGCGGGGUCCGGAGGCUGGGAGGGAAAAGUCUGUGUCCCUCCUCGGCUAAAGGCCUCCCGGCAAUGGCAGCUGGGACUCAGCCCUCCCUCUGGGUGUUUCUCUGCCGUCCCUCUCCUUGGGGAUGCCCCCCCAGCACCCUGGAAGAAGAGGGCGAGAGAACCAAGAGAAGGAGGCACCGACGGCCACUGUGUUUAGACACACGGUGUUUACAGCCAAUGCUUUCAAAGCAUGCCUAUUUUCGACUUUGUGGAAUCCUGAACUCUCAGCCAGAGCAGCAAAGGCACACCUUCCCCUUUUGCCUCCUGGGCGUUCAGAAGGCUUGGCUUCACUGGAGCAGAGAGUCCAGUCUGUCAUGGGGGAGUUUAACUUUCAAGACACUUCCCUCCCCCCCCUCCGUUUUCUUUGAAGGUGGUGGGGAGGGAAGGGAGUGUCCGGUGACUCCAGUGGGGUUGCUCAGUCUCCCCUUUGGCUUAAAAGAUGCUCUUACCUUUUGUUGUAAAUUCAUUUGACAGCUAUUUCUUCCUGGGCCAUUGUUUUUGCGGGAUUAAAUGCAGGGCUUGUCACGAUGAUGCACCUGAUCCGGCCCUUUUUCUGUCACCUGGGGCUGCUGAAGCACAGAUCUGACCCUCAUUUCUAUCCGUAGAACCCCACGUCUCUUUUUUAAAGGGCUUCCUUCUUUGUUGGCUUCCCAGAUUUCUUUCUUUGAUUUACUUGGUCAGUAUUACAAUGAAAGCCUUCAGUGAAAGCCCCUGGCAGUCGGCAUCUCUUUCUGCUACCAUCCACUUUGGAAUCCACUCCCUUUUUAAAUCUCUAUGUAAAAAAAGCUGAAGAAAGCCUUUACAGAUGUUAUGAUCUGCUCGUUUUUUGCUUCCCCCUACUUUGCAGGGUGAUAACAGCGAAGCCUGCCCAGAUCCCACCAGAGCCCUAGAGAAGAGGCCCAUUCCCCUUUGACAAUCAGCCGAGAACAACUUCUUUUUAAACCACUUGGGAGAAACCCUUUGAAGAUUCGCUUCUCUGGCAUCUAGUGUGGUUUGCUCUGUUAGUAGAUCAUUGCUAAAUCGGGAGCUUCCCAGCCAAGGGUAUCCUGCUGGCUUGCACUCUGCCAGGGUGGGAAGUGAAAGGAGGGAACAAACAGCUCCUGGAGGGGAUAGUUUUGAAAAGCCCAGAAAAGAGGGCCAAGGUUUCCCUUCGCUGUUUGUCACAAGCAGUCCCAGCUCAAGUCUUGUGUCAUUUGGAGGGUGGGAAAACACCCACUCUAGACACACAGGAAAGUUUUAAGGAUCAGAUCAUACUUUUGCACUAUGAAAGAGCAAGCCGGGUAGGUGGGGCUCGUCAGCC